CACGUAAACGACCUUCUCCGUCUGCCACCCACGCUUUCUCCGCAUCACUUUCCUGAAUUCUCAUUCACUCGGCGUUUUAACCGUGGAGACAUCAGCGAUCCGGAGAGGAAAGUGUAGCAAGCGAACCUGCGUUGAUGUAUUAUGCGUUUUCUGUUCUCGUGGAUCGUUUUCACUUAAUUCUAUAGUUGCUGGUGAUAGUGAAGAUAGAAUGAUGAUUUAGGGAGGAAGGACGAGUACGAGAGACGGAUCGUUGAUUGGUUAAGUUGGUUUGUUCUCUCCUUCACUCUAGGUUAGGGUUUACGUACAAUUAUAAGAAUUCCAAGGUCAACACCAAAGGCAUUUCCGAUUCUUUUGGAUCGACUUACGGAAAUUAAACAUUAAGUCGAGUUUGAGGGUGAGAACAAAAUGCAGCUAAACAGGUAUCCAGCUGAACCUGUGGCUGGUGAGCCACCUAGCCUCUGUAGUCUGUGGGCUAGGCAAGAUUCAUUUGACACUGGAUUCAGGGGUGGUGUGGCAACAUGGAAAAAUGUAGAUAAUAAUAUCUAUGUUCAAACUGGAGAAGAGUUCCCUGUGGGCUUUCUUCAGGAAUACACUCCUCCUGCAGUUAUUACUCCAGUGUAUGGUGUAAGCGUUACUCCAGUCUAUCAACAUAGCAUUGGAGUUUCUGAUGUCCAGGAUGGCCAAUGUGUUCAUGAAGAACUUCCUCGAGCUCUUGGUUUUAGAAGAAUGGAUUCUGAAUGCAGAAUUGACAUCACAGAAUCAGCGUUGAGUGAAGGAUCUAGUGGUGCACAUGCUGAUAAUGGGGUUUACAUGAGUAAGGGAAGCAUGAAUUACCAGGAUAUUGAAGCCAAUGGGCAUAAACCCAAUACAUCUGCUGCAAAAGUAUGUAGCCACCAGGCCUGUUUAGUGUCAAAUGCUCCACUGUUAAGAGAAUCUGAUUCCUCUAGAUCUUUGAAUUCGUUAAUGCCGGGAGUUUCUAACUCUUGUCGAUCUGAGAAAGUGAAGCUUCUUUGCAGUUUUGGAGGGAAAAUAUUGCCUCGUCAGGGUGAUGGAAAACUCAAAUAUAUGGGAGGUGAGACACACAUUAUCUCCAUCCCCAAGAAUAUUUCGUGGGAGGAACUACUGAAGAAAACAGCUGGAAUGUGCAAUCAGCCUCACCUAAUUAAAUACCAGCUUCCAGGGGAGGAUCUUGAUGCCCUUAUAUCUGUUUCUUGCGAUGAGGAUUUGAAAAAUAUGAUUGACGAGUAUUCAGCGGCUGAAAAGCUCGAUGGUUCUCAACGACUGCGUAUUUUUUUGAUUCCUCUAAGCGAAUGUGAAGGCUUGUAUGCACAUGAUGCCAGCUAUCUCCUGCAGAAGAAUGUUGAUUGCAAGUAUGCUUUUGGUGCAAGCGGUGUAGAUGGAACUCUGGUAAAUGGUGUUGGUAGCUCUGAUUCUGCUCCCCUGAACUUCUACAGUGGGCUACCUUAUGAAAAUGAGAUGGGUCAUUUGGUGCCAAGUGGUGAACCUAAUGUAAGAUAUGCUAACAAUGUCCCCUUGCCAAUGGAUCCUGUUGAAAUGAAGGAUCGGGAUCCCCCUGGUGUACCUGUUUUGAUUGAAACUUUUGAUGGGUCCCAGAAAUUGAUUAGGUCUCCUUCAUUGCCUCCUGAAGUCAUGCGGCGAGAAGAUAUGAAGAAUGCCAAGAUGGCAGCGCACCGAAACAAUUCUUCCCUUGGUAGUAUCAGCCCUCGUGUAUCUCUGCCACCCGAAGAUUCUAUCUGCUACACUGCUCAUCAUCAUCUUACUCCUCAGUUGGCAGUAAAUUUAAGAAAUUCUCAUGAUCAAAUUGGUAAGCAUGAUGCCAUCCUACCAAAUAAUAGGAUUCCAAUCUUGAAAGGAGAAAAUGUUGCUCCUCAUCAACUGGAGCAGCACUAUGGAAUCUUUGAGCUAUGCUCUCAGGAAAGGGAUGCAAAAAUGGAAAGGACAUUAGAUAUUGAGAAUCCUCUUCCUCAGCCUGAUAAUUUAGGCGGAACAUUGUUUGUAUCCAGUGAUUCAUUUGGUUACAAUCAUGGGAUGCCUCAUGUGUGUUCUGAUUCAAGUAUUCAGGACCAGGGAAAUUCUUUAGCUUACUCUUCUCCAGAAGGCAUCCCUCAAUCAAUAUUAUUGAAUUUGGGAAGACCUCAACCAUCCUCUUGCGGACCAGCUGCUGCUUUUGAAAAAAAACCAGUGGAGUUGCAUGAGAAAGUCAGCUUCAUCAAUACUCAACUUCAAACUGAGGCAUUGAAUGCAGAACCAAAUAUUCCUGUUACUGGAAUGACAUUGCAGAAGUCCCCUUCAGCCUCUGAUGCUUUGACCAAACUGGAAGUUAUCCACCAGGAUGUUAAUGGUGCUGUUGAGAAACAACUGAGCAAAGAAGAUUUGAGAAAUCAAAGUUUUGAGGUGAAAGCUCAUGAGAAAGAAUGUGUUUCAAAUUCUGAGGUGAAUUUCAGCAAUCCUCCAUUCGGCAGUGGUGAAUUUUAUUUCUGUGAUCGGUCACCUGCAGUUUCCAAGAGCAUCACAAGUGCAUUACAAAAUGGUAACUUUGAACCAUCAUCUCUUUACAUGAAAUCAUCAAAACAAGACUCUCAAGUGUCAUGUGGUUUGAACCCUGAAUUAUCUUCUGCAAGCGCCAAACAUUUAAAUCAUUCAGGGCUAGAGCAAGCAGAGGUUGCUGAACUUUUGCACGAAGCAUCUAAGGGUGUGGCGAAUAAUUUUUUUGAAGAACUCAGGCUAGAUGAACCUAUAGGUGUCGUUAAUGAAAGAAGGACAAAUACUCCACGUAAUUCUGUUUCAUACAAGAGAGAAAAUUCACUCCCCAAUAAUAAGUUGUCUGGCACCAGUAACGUUGAUAAACCAGACUCUUUUGGUGUUAGCAAGUACUCGGAUUUGUUGGAUGAUCUACCGAUUGAUCUCACCUUGCAAUGCCAACAGAAGCCGGUUAAAAACCAUAAUAUAUCAUCUACCCAGCCUCCAUCCGAAGCUGUCUCGGACACACCACAUCCUGCCAAAACACAAGUUUUGUCUCCCCCUUCCCCAGACGCAAAGUGUGUUUUACAGAAUUUGGAUUUUGAGGAUGUCAGGACUAAUAAUGGCGAAGAUAAAUUGUUCAGUGAAGCAUUGAUAGCUGAAAUGGAAGCAGAUCUAUAUGGUCUGCAGAUAAUAAGAAGUGCUGAUCUUGAAGAAGUACGGGAGUUGGGAUCUGGCACAUAUGGAACAGUAUACUAUGGAAAAUGGAGGGGAACAGAUGUUGCCAUCAAGAGAAUAAAUAAAGCUUGUUUUUCUGGGAAACCAUCCGAGCAGGAACGGCUGACGAAGGACUUCUGGCGAGAAGCUUGCAUUCUAUCAAAUCUUCACCAUCCCAAUGUUGUUGCAUUUUAUGGGGUGGUGCCUGAUGGUGGAGGCGGAACAUUGGCGACUGUAACAGAGUUCAUGGCAAAUGGGUCGCUUAGGACUGCUCUAAUUAGAAAGGACAAAUCACUUGAUUAUGGCAAGAAGCUUAUAAUUGCCAUGGAUGCAGCAUUUGGCAUGGAGUAUUUGCACUCAAAAAAUAUUGUCCAUUUUGAUCUGAAAUGUGACAAUUUAUUGGUGAAUCUGAUCGAUCCGCAGCGGCCAGUAUGCAAGGUUGGGGAUUUUGGACUAUCUAAAAUUAAACGCAACACUUUGGUAUCCGGUGGUGUACGUGGGACUCUACCAUGGAUGGCACCAGAAUUGUUGAAUGGCAGUGCCACCCGGGUAUCUGAAAAGGUUGAUGUUUAUUCAUUUGGAAUAGUAUUAUGGGAGCUUCUCACUGGACAAGAACCUUAUGCAAAUAUGCAUUGUGGCGCGAUCAUCGGAGGCAUUGUGAAGAACACGCUACGCCCUCCCAUUCCAGAGUGGUGUGAUCCCAAAUGGAGAAAGCUCAUGGAGCAGUGCUGGUCGGCCGAUCCUGAAGCUCGGCCCUCGUUCACGGAGAUUGCGAAGAAAUUAAGAUCCAUGUCAUCCGCUCUUGAGGCUAAGAGGCAAACAGAUUUGUUGGUACACACAACUAACUGACCAAGUGACCAUUAGCUACCUUCCCACAUAUAUUUUAUAUAUAUAUAUAUAUUUAUAUUUAUACUUGGAAGUUGGAAUCUAAAUUGAGUAUUUGUUUUUUUUGUAUAUGUUGUAUACUUGUAUAGUAUCUAUAGCUUAGUAGCACUGGGAGAUUGUAAUGUUCUGUUUGUUUCUCUUGUUUAUGAAGUGAAGUGUAUCGGUUAGUGCA